CGCACAUAGGCGUCGACCACCAACGACCCGAUCCGGCCGACUCUUUGAGAUCAGAGUGCAGGAGAAUCACCGCCAGUGCUACGCACAGCCCUCUCCCACGCACCCGCGCGAGGUCUUCCCUUGCACCUUCAGCCACCCACACCAGUGCCAGUAGCAAGCCACAGCUAUGGCCGAGAACGAGGUGGACUUGGACUCCAUCAUAGACCGUCUGCUCGAGGUCCGCGGCAGCCGGCCUGGCAAGCAGGUGCAGCUGCUCGAGACCGAAAUCCGCUAUCUAUGCACCAAGGCACGCGAAAUCUUCAUCUCACAGCCUAUCCUGCUCGAGCUCGAGGCACCGAUAAAGAUUUGUGGAGACAUCCACGGCCAGUACUAUGAUCUGCUACGGCUCUUCGAGUACGGCGGCUUCCCUCCAGAGGCCAACUACCUCUUCCUAGGCGACUACGUCGACCGUGGCAAGCAGUCUCUCGAGACGAUAUGCCUUCUGCUCGCGUACAAGAUCAAGUACCCCGAGAACUUCUUCGUCCUCCGUGGCAACCACGAGUGCGCCUCCAUCAACCGCAUCUACGGCUUCUACGACGAAUGCAAACGAAGAUACAACAUCAAGCUGUGGAAGACGUUUACCGACUGCUUCAACUGCCUACCUAUUGCCGCCAUCAUCGACGAGAAGAUAUUCACUAUGCACGGCGGUCUCAGCCCAGAUCUUAACUCGAUGGAACAGAUCAGGCGCGUCAUGCGACCCACCGACAUUCCCGACUGCGGUCUCCUCUGCGACCUCCUCUGGUCCGACCCAGACAAGGACAUUACCGGAUGGAGCGAGAAUGACCGAGGUGUGAGCUUCACAUUCGGGCCCGACGUAGUAUCGCGCUUCCUGCAAAAGCAUGACAUGGACCUCAUCUGCCGUGCGCAUCAAGUUGUCGAGGACGGUUACGAGUUCUUUUCCAAGCGCCAGCUCGUAACACUAUUCAGCGCACCCAACUACUGCGGUGAAUUUGACAACGCAGGUGCGAUGAUGAGCGUUGACGAGAGUCUGCUGUGUUCCUUUCAGAUUCUCAAGCCCGCGGAGAAGAAACAAAAGUACGUCCCCAGCCUUGGCAGCGGCAGACCAGCGUCUCCUCGCACCAAGAAAAGCUAGAAGUAGUCA